GCCAGAGAAUCAGUGUGUGAAAGAGCAACACAAGCUGCCUGCAAAGGGAGCUUUUUGAUAAAUACCUAUUACAGGUUAGACCAGUUCAGCCAGAGAGGAAGAGGGGGCCACGGGAGCCCGACUGGGCAACCGAUCCCCAGCUGACUGUGGGAGUCGAAAGGAAGUGAGCUGAGCUCCUGCAGCGAGUCGCUGGCAUGGCGGGAGACGAAGAGAAUUAUUAUGGCAAACACGGGACGCCACAGAAAUAUGACCCAACAUUCAAAGGUCCCAUUCAUGACAGGAGCUGCACUGACAUCAUCUGCUGUAUCCUCCUCGUCGUCGCCAUUGUUGGCUAUGUCAUUGUGGGAAUCGUAGCAUGGACACACGGUGACCCCAGGAAGGUGAUUUACCCCACAGACAGUCGCGGGCAGUUCUGUGGCCAGCUGGGAACUCCCAAUGAGAACAAGCCUUUCCUGUUUUACUUCAACAUCAUCAAGUGCGCCAGCCCCUUGGUGCUGCUGGAGUUCCAGUGUCCGACCAAACAGAUCUGUGUGAAUAAGUGCCCAGACCAGUAUCUCACGUACCAGAAUGCCAGGAGACAAACCAAAGACUUUGAUUACUACAAGCAGUUCUGCGUCCCAGGGUUUAACAAUCCGCAGAAGAGCCUCCCAAAAGUGCUGGCGGAUGGAGACUGUCCGUCCAUGAUCACUCCCAGCAAACCCUUGGCGCGCAGGUGUUUACCAGCAAUCAACACCAAGAAAGGGGUCAUCAUGGUUGGGAAUGACACAACCUUUGAAGAUGGAAUGGGAAAACGAAGGAACGUGACAGAGCUGGUGGAGGGGGCCAAAAAAGCAAAUGUGGUUCUGGAAGCAAGACAACUGGCCAUGAAGAUCUUUGAAGAUUACACAGUUUCCUGGUACUGGAUAAUAAUAGGUCUCGUGAUUGCCAUGGUGUUCAGCUUAAUCUUCGUUGUCCUGCUUCGCUUCCUUGCUGCGAUCAUGAUCUGGGUGAUGAUUGUGCUGGUAAUCUUGGUGCUGGGAUACGGAAUCGUCCACUGUUACAUGGAAUAUGCCCGACUAAAAGGAGAAGAUGGCUCUGAUGUUUCCCUGAAGGACCUGGGAUUCCAGACGGAUCUUCGUGUCUAUCUCCACCUGAAGCAAACGUGGUUGGCCUUCAUGAUUAUCCUGUGCAUCAUGGAGGUGAUCAUCAUCCUGUUACUCAUCUUCCUCCGCAAGAGGAUCCUCAUUGCCAUUGCGCUCAUCAAGGAAGCCAGCAGGGCUAUUGGUUAUAUCAUGACGUCGCUGGUGUUUCCUCUGUGCACCUUCUUCCUGGUGUGUCUCUGCAUUGCUUACUGGGCCAGCACCGCUGUUUUCUUAUCUACUUCUAAUGAGGCUGUCUACAAGGUGUUUAACGAUACGUCUGAAUGUGAUUAUGCUGGGCAGACCUGCAUACCAGAGACAUUCAAUAUGACCAACAUCACCAAGAAGUGCCCAGAUGCCCGCUGCCUCUUCGCGUUCUAUGGGGGCGUGACGGCCUACCACAAAUACCUCAUCGUCUUCCAGAUCUAUAAUGCCUUUAUGUUCUUCUGGCUGGCCAACUUUGUGAUUGCGCUGGGCCAGGUCACGCUAGCCGGAGCCUUUGCUUCCUACUAUUGGGCCUUCAAGAAACCUGAUGACAUGCCGGCUUUCCCCCUCUUCUCUUCCUUCGGCCGGGCACUCAGGUAUCACACUGGCUCGAUGGCCUUUGGGUCUCUGAUUCUUGCCAUUGUCCAGAUCAUCAGGGUCCUUCUGGAGUAUCUGGAUCACAGGCUGAAAGCUGCUGAGAAUAAGUUUGCCAAGUUCCUGCUGACCUGUCUCAAAUGCUGCUUCUGGUGCCUGGAAAAAUUUAUCAAGUUCCUGAACAGGAACGCAUACAUCAUGAUUGCCAUCUAUGGCACCAACUUCUGCACUUCAGCCAAGAAUGCAUUCUUCCUGCUCAUGAGGAACAUUAUCAGGGUGGCUGUUUUAGAUAAAGUCACAGAUUUUCUGCUCUUCCUUGGUAAACUCCUCAUCGUGGGAAGUGUUGGAAUCCUCGCCUUUUUCUUCUUCACUCAGCGGAUAGACGUGGUUCGGGACACUGCACCUCCUCUCAAUUACUAUUGGGUCCCUAUCCUGACUGUGAUCAUGGGCUCCUAUCUCAUUGCACAUGGAUUCUUCAGCGUCUAUGCCAUGUGUGUGGACACCCUCUUCCUCUGCUUCUUGGAAGACCUGGAACGUAACGAUGGUUCAUCUGAAAAGCCUUACUUCAUGUCGUCUGACCUGAAAAAACUUCUGAACAAGACAAACAAAGGUCACUCGGCUGCAUAGCAGCCUCCUCUUUCCUCACUGCUCUCUUCACUUCUAUUUGUCCCUUCCCAGUUUCCAUUUCAGGAGCAAAGCUGCAUGGAUAACAUACAGCAUUAAGUGCUAUUACUCCAAUAUGCAAACCUUGUUAGUACUUUGUGAACUGCAGUAUCCUUUACUCAAAUUAAGAUGGACGGCUUUGGCUGUCAGCCUCUGCAUUGGCCACAAGCUUGUCCAGAGCAGUGGAAAUUGUUUCUGGAGAGCAUUUUUCUGGAUUUUCCUUCCUCAGGUAGAGAGAAGGGAUUAGUGUCAAUAGUUCUACGUAAGAUUGUUAGGCAUUGCUAAGUAAAAACUGAGGCCACUGCCCUAGUGGACAGGUAUGCACUACUGCAGAACCCAGCACUACUGGGACUUUGUUGGUCUCAGGAGAGAGAUGAAGAAGUAAUUGGUCAGUUUACAGCUGAGGCCCACUGAUGUAAGGUUAACUUGCCCUGCCUUUGUCCAUCUCCAUCUGUUUCAGAGACUGAAUUCAGUCUACAGGUGUGAGGCCAGCACCAAUCACAGAUUCACAGACACCAAAUGAAUUUUAAAAUAAAACUACUAAAUCUGUCACACCAGUAAAGCUAUAUCAUUACCUCCUCCAUUAACUUGCUAGAACAUCAUUGACAUACUUGACUGCACUCAGAUACUACCAUGUUGGACACAUUAAAUACCUUAAUUGAUUGAGGAAUGCACCUACUAAUGCCUUGUCUUCAUGGAUGAUGGCAGGGACAGAAGAGAAACCUGCAGUGUUAAUCAAGCUGUAGAACUUGAACAGCAGAGGAAAUGCAAAAUACUCAGAUAAGCACUUGGUAGGGAGCAUGCGUGUCUGGAUAGUCAUUAGUAUUACUGAUGAAAGCUCUAUGUAUUUGUUUUGUCUCUUCAGUGCGAUUGACAGCCCAGAAGUGUGCUGCUUCUGUACCUUUAACUUGUUUGGUUUAUUGGAAAACUCCAGCAUUAUAUGCAAAAACACAUUUGAAUG